UGAGCCUUUGGAACCUCGGAUCCGGGCCGCCCAGAGGACCUCUAUAGGAGCAGAGGGAGGACAGACUGAAGUCCGAGAGAGGCGGCGUGGCCUCCGGCCUCGGGGAGCGCUGCCGGGGGUCUCGGGCUUGGGAGAGGGCCUGGGGGCGGUGAAAAUGGGUGGAAAGGAGGGGACCACAACAUUGUUAUGGAAGAGUGAGCUCGGGUUGGCAGAGGGACGCGGGGCUGCAACGCGAGUCUCCGGAGGUGGAGGGGUCCAGGCUGAUGGAGCGCCGCCCGGGUCCUGGGUCGGGGUUCCGGGACGUGGACCUGCGAGCCAAGCCUAGCCAAGUCGGGGGACGGAGGCUCCGGGGCGGACGGAGCUGAGGGUGGGCAGGGUGAUGGAGCCCUUCCAGGAAGCAGGGCGAGGCUCAAGCACCCAGAAAAACCUGUGGCUGCCGAGGUCCCCCGCCAGCAGCGGGCAGCGGAGCGCAGGGGCGGGGCUGGGGACUGGCGAACACCGCCUCUCUGGGGCUGUCGCUUUAAGGGCAAGGCGGGGCGUGCGGGCCCUUUAAGGCCACGUGGGGGCGUGUCAGGAAGUGAGUCCCGGGCCCGCCUCGCGGGGAGUCGGCCUCGGAUGUCCGGAGGCUCCUGGGCUGAGCCGGCGACAGAGCCCGGGAAGGCAGAGAGACGUGGGCGCCUACCCAGCCCCCUCCCGCGUCCUUCAGCCCCAAGCCCCGAGCCCCUCUGACCCUUCCGCAGCCCUCCCUCCAGCCGCGCCUGGCCUCCGGCAGCUCCCUGUACGCCUCCCUCCCCCUGUCCCCCCUCCCUCCCACAGCCGCCCAUGCCGCCCUCUCAGCACCUCUUCCCACUCUGCCACGCGUCCUUUUCCUGCAUCUUCGCCCCGCGUACCUACUCGUGCCCCACCCUGCCAUUCCUCUCCCCUCCCUUCUCUCUGCGACCCCUCCCUGUUAGGCCCCAGCCUCUUCUCCCCUCACAGGUCUUCUCUGUCCUGGCCUCACCGCCUUAUCCUAUUCCUCCCCCUUGCCCUGUAUCUUGUCUCAGAGCCCCCUCGGGGUGGGAGCAGGUUGUGGAGCAGCACAACCGGGCUCACCCCAAAGCAGAACUUCUCUAUCCAUGAGGACACUGGGGAGGCCUUUAGGCCAGCCCACAUGUGACAAUCGAGGGCUGCGGCUUGCUUGCGGAGAGCACAAGUGAGCUCACUGCCCUGGACUCCAGGGAAUCAGAGUUCUGGCCGCGGGGUGACCCAGCUCCUCUGCUACCAUGAAUAGGGCGCCUCUGAAGCGGUCCAGGAUCCUGCACAUGGCGCUGACCGGGGCCUCAGACCCCUCUGCAGAGGCAGAGGCCAACGGGGAGAAGCCCUUUCUGCUGCGGGCAUUGCAGAUCGCGCUGGUGGUCUCCCUCUACUGGGUCACCUCCAUCUCCAUGGUGUUCCUUAAUAAGUACCUGCUGGACAGUCCCUCCCUGCAGCUGGACACCCCCAUCUUCGUCACUUUCUACCAGUGCCUGGUGACCACGCUGCUGUGCAAAGGCCUCAGCGCUCUGGCCGCCUGCUGCCCUGGUGCCGUGGACUUCCCCAGCUUGCGCCUGGACCUCAGGGUGGCCCGCAGCGUCCUGCCCCUGUCGGUGGUCUUCAUCGGCAUGAUCACCUUCAAUAACCUCUGCCUCAAGUACGUUGGCGUGGCCUUCUACAAUGUGGGCCGCUCGCUCACCACCGUCUUCAACGUGCUGCUAUCCUACCUGCUGCUCAAGCAGACUACCUCCUUCUAUGCUCUGCUCACCUGUGGCAUCAUCAUCGGGGGCUUCUGGCUUGGUGUGGACCAGGAGGGGGCAGAAGGCACCCUGUCGUGGCUGGGCACUGUCUUCGGCGUGCUGGCUAGCCUCUGUGUCUCGCUCAACGCCAUCUACACCAAGAAGGUGCUCCCGGCGGUGGACGGCAGCAUCUGGCGCCUGACCUUCUACAACAACGUCAAUGCCUGCGUCCUCUUCCUGCCCCUGCUCCUGCUGCUCGGGGAGCUUCAGGCCCUGCGUGACUUUGCCCAGCUGGGUAGUGCCCACUUCUGGGGGAUGAUGACGCUGGGCGGCCUGUUUGGCUUCGCCAUUGGCUACGUGACAGGACUGCAGAUCAAGUUCACCAGUCCCCUGACCCACAAUGUGUCUGGCACAGCCAAGGCCUGUGCCCAGACAGUGCUGGCCGUGCUCUACUAUGAGGAGACCAAGAGCUUCCUCUGGUGGACGAGCAACAUGAUGGUGCUCGGCGGCUCCUCCGCCUACACCUGGGUCAGGGGCUGGGAGAUGAAGAAGACUCCGGAGGAGCCCAGCCCCAAAGAGGGCGAGAAGAGCGCUGUGGGGGUGUGAGCGCCACAGGCACCCUGGAUGGCCCGGCCCCGGGGCCCGUACGCAGGCGGGGCCAGCACGGUAGUGAAGGCGGUCUCCUGGACCCCAGAAGUGUGCUGUGGUGUGGACUGGGUGCUACUUACAGGCCCAAUCAGAAUACGGUGGUUGAGAAGAAACCAGUGUUUACAAGUAAUAUCAGAAAGUUGAAGGAACCAGUGUUUACAAGUGAUAUCAGAAAGUUGAAGGAACCAGUGUUUACAAGUAAUAUCAGAAAGUUGCCAAA